AUGCAUGAUAUUGGAGUGGCACUAUCAUCCACAGGUAUGGAACAUGCACUUAAUUUUUAUAAAUUAGUUAAAGAUGGAACAUCAAUUGAUGAAAUGAAAAAUUAUAUUUAUUUAUUUAUAAAAUAUUAUGAUACAUUAAAAAAUGAUUUAUUUAAUGGACAUAAGACAAUAUUUACAGAAAGGAUGAAAAAUAUACAAAGAUUUGAUAUGCAAACUAAGUUUAUAUGA